CUAAUGCCCAUGCAGACCACACUAACGUGCACUACGGAUGUUGUGCAUGAUAUUUUACUAGUUCCUAUAAAAUGGAAGAGAGGGCCGCCUGGUGUUUUCCUCAUAGAUCUCCCGUCACUUCACCAUGGAGAAGAGCAAAUCAUUUUCAGGGUACUCAGAGGUUCGGCGAGGUAUCGAGGACCGGACCAAAUCAUACAGUUUCAAUGGCCCUGUUUCCAGCAGCAAGGCGGAUGUGUUAGCCACUUCUGGCAACCCGGAGCUCAAGAGAAGAAAGAGGGUGGCAUCUUAUAAUAUGUAUAGUAUGGAAGGUAUAUAUACGACUAACAGACAAGAUUGGAAGAACGUGUUUAAGUCCAAGAGAGUUCUUGGUGAAGAACUGCGAACAAAAAAAGAAAAGAAAGAAAGAAUUGGUGAUAGUCACACUGAUGGGAAUUCCCUUGUAGCAGCAGUUCAGCUUCACUUCAAAACAAAUGUAAAACUCAUCUUGGCAUUCACUGUCAAUCUAUGCAUUUGCAUUCAUCCUUUGUUUGAUCUCAACCACAUAGUUGUUUAUUUUCAAGCUGAGAUUCUUCAGUAAUUUGUUUUGCAGAACUUGUUCUGUUUCAAGUUCGCAUACCUUGCAAUAGAUCAUAAUUCUAUAUGUAAUUUCUCAUAUCCUUACAUCUCAAUCCCUGAAUUAAAAUUCCUCUGCAAUUUUUGUUUUACACCCACAAAAUUAGCUUGUUCAA